UUUUCCUCACCCUUUCUCUCCUCCGCUUGCUCUCACAAUAUUCGCUGAAGGUGACAGGCGAAAGAUCAGGGGAUCUGAGUCACCCCGUGAACUCGCCAGUCUUCUCUAUUCAGCAGAGAGAGGUUAUGCAUUUGCCCAAGAGAGAUGGCCCUUUCAGAAACCGUGGAGUUUGCUAGCUAGGCUCUAGUAAAGUUUGGGCCAGUGGAUAAUUUUCGAUUCCAGCUGUUGUCGACACUCACCUGUGAUGCAAAGCAAGGGGACACAACAUGUCUGGCAUUACUUUACAUUUGUACUUCUAACUUGAAAACUACUCACACCAUCUUUCUCAGACUUAAGGACACUUUUAACAUAAUGGGAAGGAAUCUCACAGAAGCAAGAAUAUAUGAAAGAUUAAUAAUACGAAGUCAGAAUACUUGGAAUACGAUGGAGUUUUAUGACACAGAUGCCUUUGGCCAGUACCUCAGCCAGCCCUGCUGCUUUGGGAAAGCCUUCAAUUAGUUGGAAAAUCAUCUGGUGAUACCUGCUUUUUCUAUAUCCACAACAAAAAUGAGAGAAAUUCGAGACGACGCUGCUGCUGGUGCACUAAGCCAGCGCUAACCUGCUCCAGGAAACAGUGCAUCGGAGCUAAAGAUUUUUUCCCCUCUUUAUAAAAUUGAUAAAAUUGCCUCUUUAUUUGGCUCUGUUAGCAGUCCAGAAUUUGCUUCCUUUCGGAGGAAAGAAGUUAAAAAAAAAACCAAAACAAUGAAGACUAUUUUUCAAGCCUGCAGUAGGGCCCUAUGAUAAUUAAGUAGCUCUAAGGAGCCUAGGGGUUUGUCUUCCUAUUAUGUGAGAAACUUGGAUCUGUCAGAGAUCGCCUGAUAGCGAUAUGUAAACUUCAUUUCUGAGUCUCCCCUGUUAAAAAUUUAGAAAGUGUUGCACGCAGUCUGGUGUUAACAAACACUGUCAUUAAAGCUGGCCUGAGUAUGGUCAGUUUUAGGAAGUGGGCUGGUUUAGGAUUCUGCUUCUUUAAGGGCUGAGAGAAAAUACAGUGAAAGCAUGGUUACAAGAAGGGUAAGCCUUCUGAUGGCAUAAUCCUGAUUUACAAUAGCAGUGGACCAACCAACUUUGUAAAUACCAGUGAGAGAAGAGACGGCUGAUUUUUAGCAAAAGUUUCAGAAAAAGCGAAGCUUCAAACCUACUACUCUGUCAGAAGUUUUAAUAGAUGGUCGUUAAUGUAAUCUUUAUCUCUGCAUAUGUUGGAUGAUUUUCAGAAAGUAUAUUGGUAUAUCCUCAUGAACCCUAUUCUUUGUUUACAGGAGUGGCAAGCCACCGUGUCACCCAAUUUGGAUCCUGGCUUCCCUCAAAAGACUCUUAUGGCUAAUGUUUGAUAACCUUCUGGAGUAGCCAACUACAUAUAGAUAUAUAGAUAUAAAAGAGCAUUUGUUUUGACCUGAUUUUUUUCAGCCACCUUUAUAUGUAUGGAUUUUCCUUACUAAGGAUGAUAACUUUAAGUAUAUCCCUGGAGCAUUUGGAUAAUGUGAUAGUUGGGAUGCAGUGAUGUCGAAUCUCUGUCCACCACCAUCUCCAGCUGUUGCCAAGACAGAGAUUGCUCUAAGCGGUGAAUCACCUUUAUUAGCGGCUACCUUUGCUUACUGGGACAAUAUUCUUGGUCCUAGAGUACGACACAUUUGGGCUCCUAAGACAGAACAGCUGCUUCUCAGCGAUGGAGAAAUAACUUUUCUUGCCAACCACACCUUAAAUGGUGAAAUCCUCCGAAAUGCAGAGAGUGGAGCUAUAGACGUGAAGUUUUUUGUCUUGUCUGAAAAAGGAGUCAUUAUUGUUUCAUUGAUCUUUGAUGGAAACUGGAAUGGAGAUAGGAGCACAUAUGGUCUAUCAAUUAUACUUCCACAGACCGAACUUAGCUUCUACCUCCCACUUCACAGAGUGUGUGUUGAUAGAUUAACACAUAUUAUCAGAAAAGGAAGGAUAUGGAUGCACAAGGAAAGGCAAGAAAAUGUCCAGAAAAUAGUCUUAGAAGGCACAGAAAGAAUGGAAGAUCAGGGUCAGAGUAUUAUUCCGAUGCUUACUGGUGAAGUCAUUCCUGUAAUGGAGCUCCUUUCAUCUAUGAAAUCACACAGUGUUCCUGAAGAAAUAGAUAUAGCUGAUACAGUUCUCAAUGAUGAUGACAUUGGUGACAGUUGUCAUGAAGGCUUCCUUCUCAACGCCAUUAGCUCACACUUGCAGACCUGUGGCUGCUCAGUCGUAGUAGGUAGCAGUGCAGAAAAAGUAAACAAGAUAGUAAGAACAUUAUGCCUUUUUCUGACUCCAGCAGAGAGAAAAUGUUCCAGAUUAUGUGAAGCAGAAUCAUCAUUUAAAUACGAGUCAGGGCUCUUUGUACAAGGCCUGCUAAAGGAUUCAACCGGAAGCUUUGUGCUCCCGUUCCGGCAAGUCAUGUACGCGCCCUAUCCCACCACACAUAUCGACGUGGACGUCGACACUGUUAAGCAGAUGCCACCAUGUCACGAGCACAUUUACAAUCAGCGCAGAUACAUGAGAUCUGAGCUGACGGCAUUCUGGAGGGCCACUUCAGAAGACGACAUGGCUCAGGACACGAUCAUCUAUACUGACGAAAGCUUCACUCCUGAUUUGAAUAUUUUUCAAGAUGUCUUACACAGAGACACUCUGGUAAAAGCCUUCCUGGAUCAGGUCUUUCACUUGAAGCCUGGUUUAUCUCUCAGGAGUACUUUCCUGGCACAGUUUCUACUUGUCCUUCACAGAAAAGCCUUGACGCUAAUAAAGUAUAUAGAAGAUGAUACGCAGAAGGGGAAAAAGCCCUUUAAGUCUCUUCGGAACCUGAAGAUAGAUCUUGAUUUAACAGCAGAGGGCGACCUUAACAUAAUAAUGGCUCUAGCUGAGAAAAUUAAACCAGGCCUACACUCAUUUAUCUUUGGAAGACCUUUCUAUACUAGUGUACAAGAACGAGAUGUUCUAAUGACUUUUUAAGUGUGUAACUUGUCAAAUACAUUUUGUCACCGUCGUGAUUGCUGCUGAAGUAGCUCAGUGGUGUGGGAAACAUCAUUCCCUUGGGUCAUGUCCCAGACUUCUACUCAGCAAUGCAGUUAAAGUUAGUUACACUACAGUUGUCACAGAUCGAUCAGGGGACAUCCAGUGCAUCAUUACAAUGGAUGCAUCUUUUCCCAGGUGGGCUGUCUUGGGAUACAGACUUAUGUUUACAAUUAGGGUAACUGUUCUUGCUGUCUUUUAAAGAUAUGAUAAUAGGGUAUGAACUUGACCACAACAACUGUUUUUGAAACUUACAUUUAUGGUUUACAUGUAUCAAAGUGAAAUCUGAGUUAGUUUUCACAGAUAGAAUACUAGUUGACUUUUCUUCUCUUGGUGUUCCUUGGUAAGAUUACUGCAAUACUUUUAUAAUCACCUGAAAAUUAGAGCAUCUGAAUCAUUUCAGUUCCACAAAAGGAAGUUAGUUGGAACAUAGGUUAAGUUUUAGAAAGAAUGUAUUGAUCAAGCAGAUGUUUAAUUCAAAUAAGUUAUUAGAUCCUCCUUUGUAGACUCGGUAGUCCUUAGGGUUCAGUCUGUGUGGUAACAUCACGCAGUACGUAUAGUCCCGAUUGUGGUGAAUCAAUCAGGGUAUUUGUGUAUGUGUGUGUUUGUGUGUGUUUGUUGAGCUCUGUCAAAGACUAUUAUAAUAGAGGAAAUUGGAUUUUAUGUUUUAGUAGUUAUGCCAACUAUUUAAAUUAAUUUUUAUUAUUUUUGAGCCAAAUUGAAAUGUGUACCUCCUGUGCCUUUUUUUUUUUUUCUUGGAAAAUAUAAUUACUUGGAAGAAGUUCAGAUUACACUAGUCAGUCAUUUUUAUCUUGUUUUCCUCCUGCAUAGUCUUACCCUGAUUUGGCAAUUGUAACUCCAAGAUUAUGAAAUGUAUGGAGAAUAUACUAACUAGGCAGACCCUUUUUCAGGAACAGAGAACAAUAUCUUGUCCUUUUCCUUCUCAAAUUUCUGUCCUUGCUUUUGAGGCUGUUGCCAUGUCUCUUUGCCUCUGCAUCAUGGGAGGAAAGCAGGAGAAACUUUACUGAUGUGCUAUUUUACUAGGUGCUACUUUGGCAGAACUAAGUGGUCAAUUUCUUUUGUUUCCUUAAUGUGUUUGGACCAUUGUGCCAGCUGUAAAAUGACUGAUUAAUAUAAUUCUGUGCUAGAACAGUUUUGACAUAACAGUAUAUACAAGCCUAAAAAUUAUUUUUAUUUAAACCUGUGGAUGUUACACAAAAGGGAAAAAUAUUUAUAAGAAAGGGAUAAAAGUGACAGAGCCCCUCUGCCAUUGCUCACCAAGUUGAACCAAAAGCAACAUGUUCUGUUCUGAAAGGUCCUAAUUGCCUUUCACAUCACUAAUAAGAAAGGUGUAGACAUCUUGAUUUUUAGACACAAAUGGAACAAGAUGACUGGUGCUCUGCGGCACACUUGUGAAAAAAUACCACCUGAUUGUACCCCUUACUCAGUGCUUCUAAUGUGACUGAUUAUUAAAGAGUGCUGACUGAUUAUUUUCUUUUACUGGUUUAUUGUACUGUUAUAUAGAAUGCAAGUUGUACAGUGAAGUAAAUUAUUAAAGCAUGUAUAAACGUUGUUAUAGAUCUUUUCUCCUAGAUGGAGAAUUUUGAAUAAACUGUCUUUGAAA